AUGGAGCCCGCACCGGAGGCCUGCCAGGAGCCGCGGGGUGAGCGCCCCAGGCGUGGGCGGCGGGGCGGGGUCCGGGAGCCCACCCCGUCGCACCCUCCUGCCCCGGGGUCCGACCUGUCUUCCUGCGGGGGAGACAAGCAAGAGGGUCAGCCAGCCUCAGAGCAGGAGGCGGCGUUUCCUCGUGGCCGGGCUCCCCUCCUCCCUGGUGCUGAGGUCAGUGGGUGCUGGCUCUCCACAGGCCGGGAAGGUGGAAGUAAGCCCCUGGCUGCCGGGCUGGAGGAGGAGGAGGGGGAACCUCGGCGGAGUUCAGCCCCCCACACCCAGGAUGCCCCAUGUGAGGAACUGCCCGUCGCCCGCACCGUCUCGGGGGAGAAGAAGCUGUCUCAGGACCCGGCAGAGCCAAUGGGGGCUGCUGCUGGGAGGGCGUGCCAGCCCCUGGGCUCAUGGGCUCCCCCCAGAGACAAGACUCUGUCCGCACCCGGACCCCAGGCUCAGCCGGAAGGCUGCUCCCUCCUGGUGAGAGAGGAGACGCAGGGGAAGAGGUCCCACUCUGCAGCCCCCAGUAAGCAGAAAAAUCCCAACGCCGUGGGUCUGGCACCCACGUCACCUCCUGGUGCUACUGCCUCAGCCCGAGCCGUGCACAACCCAGUGCCCUGUGGGUCGGGCCGGGGGCCCUGCCAUCUGGCCAACCUCCUGAGCACACUGGCCCACAAGGGCCAAAACACAGACCAGAAGAAGAGGCCCCCGGAAGUGACCUGUCAGGUUCGGAAAAAAACCCGAACCCUGUACCGCUCAGACCAGCUGGAGGAGCUGGAGAGACUCUUCCAAGAAGACCACUACCCGGACAGCGAUAAGCGCCGGGAGAUUGCCCAGACGGUGGGGGUCACUCCGCAGCGCAUCAUGGUGUGGUUCCAGAAUCGCAGGGCAAAGUGGCGAAAACUGGAGAAACUGAAUGAGAAAGAGAGCAAGGAAGGUCCCGCAGGCCCGGCCCUGGCCAGCAGUCAGUGUGGGAAAGGAAGUCUCCUCCCGCAUCAUCCCUGCAGCUCUGCAGCCGAGCAGCCCCCGACUGUGCCCAUGGACCCAGGGUCUGAAAUCUUCCCUUGUGAACCCCCUCUGGGUACUCUUGCAGAGCCCCCCUUGCUGCUGACGUCUGACCAGCCCCUGGCCCAACCCCAGCAGGGUGAGAGUGCUCAGAGGGUGACUGUGACUCCACCACUCUUCAGCCCCCCACCCGUUCGAAGAGCCAACCUUUCUUUUCCCCUCGGCCCUGUCCACACCCCACAACUGAUGCCCCUGCUCCUGGACACUCCUGGCAAUGACAGCAGCCACAAGGAUGGUGCCUGUGGGCCCUGGGGGCCAAGCAUCACGCCACCGCCCACCUGCUCAUACUUGGAGGAGCUGGAACCCUCGGAUUACCAGCAGAGCACCCAGAUGGGCCCAUUCCCGCUAUCCCAGGGUGCACAGACGCAGCUUUGCCCCCACCCUCAGCCCCAGGUUUCAUACCUGCAUCCCUUCCCCUUCCACGUGCCCGGGUCACUGACGCCUCCACUGCCAGAAGACUCCCUCUUCAUGCUGCCUUAUGGCCCCAGUGGGGGCCCAUCACAGGGCUACUUCCCAGGCCCCCCAUCUGGGCAGAUCCUGCUGCAGCCCCCUACCGGGAAUCUGGGUACAGUCCCUUGGAGUGAGCCCUGCCUGCCAGAACUGCCUUUCCUCAGCGCCUUCUGUUCCCAAGCACUGGGGCACCCCCCAGCAGCUGACGGCUACUUCCCCGACCUGCUUCCAGCUCCCUAUGCUCAGGCCAUGGGCGGGCAGCCUUCUCCAAGUCUCAGCCAGCCGCCGAACGGGGCCAGACCAGGAACCAGGCCCUCACUCAGCAAGGCCCAAGAGGAGCAGCCCUCCGCGCCAGACAAGGUCUGAGCGGAAGACAAGAACAGCCAUGGGGCCGAGGAGGGGAAAGAGGCUGCUUGGCAGGGAGGGCAGAAAAAUGUUAGGAAAGACUAUGGACUCUGUUGACAGGGGCGGAAGCCGGGGGCUCCCCUGGGUGGGCUCAUCUUGCUGAGCACUGAUUUGAGAAGGACAAGGGCUGUCUCUACACCUCUGUAUGGUGUCCUGAAGAAGACAGGUGGCCUGCGUUACUUCUAGACAUUGUAUCACUUUAUGUUUCCAUGCAGACGAAUGGGUCAACGGGUCCAUUGUAAGCAGUAAACUAGUCUGUCCUUGAGUCUCAGCCAUGACGUGUCCCCCACCCCUGCUAGUUCAGAGCUCCGUUGUGUCCACUGCGCAGCACGCAGCCACCCAGUUGGUGGAUGUAGUCCUGGGCAGCCCAGCCGAGGUCUCCCUGGCAUCCUCCCUGGGCCCAUCUCUCCUGCUGGAGGAGGAACUGGGCAUCUUGGUCUUGUCUUUAGUCCUGCCAUUAAACCGCGUUCUAUUCCCAAAUUCAGGACCGAACCUGAGCAAAUCUGGGCCUGUCCUCUCUUGAAUUUGGGUCCUGUAGGGUUAGGGUUGCAGGAGAAGCCCAAGGAUAUUCUAGAUCCAGUCUCUGGUAUUGUGAAUUGAGAUCCAUUCUCCUCAAGCUCCUUUUCUGAGGGGAUGGCGUAGGAAUGAGGGGUGGGAGCACCCAGAAGAGAGUACCCUUAUAAGUAGCACCCACAUCAGCUGGCCCUCCAGUGCCCAAAGAGCUAGGAUUUGAGAAUAUUGAUCCAAACUGCUUCAUAGUGUAUUUGGGAAGUGUGGAGGUGCCAUUCUGGACCUCCAAAUGCUGUGAUUCUUGGAAAAUACAUUUUAUUUUCCAAAACGUGUAUUAAAAGCAAUCAUUAAUAUGUAUCCUUUAUCACAGUUCUAGGCUUAUGGCCCAGAAGAAUUGAAAAGGAAAACUAUUUGGAAAUGGGGAAGAAACUUCUCAGUUGUGCAAACACAUGUCCGUUAUCUGUGGGGUUCUAUAGACGGACGGUACUGAGCAGCUCUGCUCUGGGAUUCUAGGCAGCUUUUCCUAUUGCCACUCAAGGAUUGUAAUAGCCAGGCUUCAGUUGCCUCAAUUUGGGGAUUUGAAUGUACACAUUGAAAUAUUAAAUG